AUGUCUGCUCCGAGAACGAAACCUUGGGAAGUCGCAAGCGGCACCUCGGCAGCGUCUGCCUCGGGCACUGACACGUCGGCGCCUCUCACCCAACAGCUCUCGGAUUCUAUAGAAUCGAUUCCAGAUAGACCGGCCUCCCUCACGGAUCCUUCAAUGUCCCAGUACGGCUCCAGCUACGGCACAGGUGCCACCAGCGGCUAUGGAACGGGCUAUGGAUCGAGAUACGGUGGGAUGGGCUCGUCCAUGUACGGUAGCGGUGGCUAUGGCUCCUCGAUGUAUGGAGGAUAUGGAUCCAACAUGUACGGAGGCUACGGUGGCUAUGGUUCAAGUAUGUACGGAGGCGGAUUUGGCUCGAGCAUGUACGGCUCAGGCAUGUACGGUGGUGGCAUGGGCAUGUACGGCCAGGGUAUGGGUGGACCAGGGGGACUUGGAGAAGGUACCCAAGCAACCUUCCAACUCAUUGAGUCCAUAAUAGGUGCCGUGGGCGGCUUUGCCCAGAUGUUAGAGGCUACCUACAUGGCGACACACUCUUCAUUCUUCACAAUGGUGUCAUUGGCCGAGCAAUUUGGCAAUCUCAAGAAUGCUCUAGGGUCGCUUCUAGGCAUCUUUGCACUCAUCAAGUUCGCGAAGAAGAUCUUCUACAAGAUUACCGGUAGAACCUUCGACCACGGCAUCAGUGCUAAGGAGUUCAGCAAGUUUGAGUCCAAGCAGUUGAAGUUGGAGGAUAGCUUAAGAAGACAGCAAAAUGGCCUGUCCAAGCCACGUAUUUCCUUGAAGCCACUCUUGCUCUUCUUGGCUGCAUCCAUAGGCUUCCCAUACUUGUUGAGCAAGGCUAUCCAGAAGUUAAAUCAGCAGCAGCAAGCUCAGCAGCAGAGACGUCUACAAGACCAACACAACGUGGCGCCAGGAAGCGCACCUUUCGACCCGGAAUCAUUAGAGUUUGCUAAGGCACUCUACGAAUUUAACCCUGAAAACCCAAACAUUGAGAUUGAAUUGAAACCCAAGGAGUUGGUUGCUAUUUUGUCCAAGUUGGACCCCUUAGGGAAUGAGAGCAAGUGGUGGAAGGUUAGAUCACGUUCGGGCAAGGUAGGGUAUGUUCCGCUGAACUACCUCAGCAUCAUUCAAAGGAAGUCUCCCCUUAAGCAAGUGGAACCAGCCCCUCCCAGCCCCCAACAACCCAAUCAAUUUGCUGCCUCGCCUGAAAAUGCCGAGCAGUUGGUUGAGGAGUUCCAAAAGCUCCACUAA